GGCGAAAGAGGUCACGUUUAUAUCAAAAACGGCAUAUUUAUAUUGUCUAACAACGUUUGGAAUAACAUUCAUUUGGUAAGAAAAGUGUGUGGUAGAAGUCUGAUCAAGUGACAUCGUGUAUUUUCAUAUUUUUCAUGUCUGUCAGGGCGUGAGUGUGGGAAGUCGUAAUUUGCAUUACAAAAGCCCCGCACAUGCGCAUUCAUUGAACAGCUGAGAAGCGAGGGUCGUGGCAACUUGAAAUAAGACAGAGAAAAAAUCUGUGAUCCCAGUUCAGUCGUCAAAUCGGUGUGGAAAUUACCAUAGGCAAGCAUCAUGUUUAGUUUCCACAAGCCAAAAAUCUACCGCAGCAUCAAUGGAUGUUGCAUUUGUAGAGCAAAAUCAUCUAGCUCCCGAUUCACUGACAGUAACAAGUAUGAAGCAGAGUUUGAGAAAUGCUUCCGAAUUCGUGAAGAGAGAAGUGGCGAAAUCUGCAAUGCUUGUGUAUUGUUAGUGAAAAGAUGGAAAAAGUUACCUGAGGGCACCAAUCGUCAUUGGAAUCACGUAGUGGAUGCUCGAGCAGGUCCUGGCACUAAGUCAGCCCUCAAGAUCAAGAAUAAGAGUCCACUCAAGUUCAAGAAACACAAGAAGAUCAAGAAAAACAAAGAGAAAAGAAAAACUUACAGCAUUCCUAGUCCCAGCCAACUCUCAGAUGAAUUCUCAGGUGAUGAGACAUUGAGUCAAAACGUCUCAUUUCCUCGAAAGCGUUCCCUGAGUCUGAGUGACGAGUCCGACAAUGAGGAUUCACGGGAUAGCAGCAGCUCCAAACACAGGAAGAGAUCUCCCAGUCUGGCUCGUCCUCGAGUCAGCUCCUUCCUAGAUCUCAGUUACUGGAAAAAAACUCAAGUGUGUUGUGGAAUCAUCUUCAAGGGAUUAAAUGGAGAAGUUUUACUGGACCCCAAAUUGUUGAGGCCCUGUUUCUCCUGUCGAGGAAACAAAGUGACCACGAAGACAGAAAUACAUCGCAGCCAAUCAGUUGAGACUGAGAGCAACGCAAGUAGCCAGAGCUACGGCGACAAUGACUUCCUGGAUGCUCGUGUGACAGCAGACCAAGACUGUUCUGCAUCCUCCAUGACACCCAACUUCUCUCUAGAGAGACUCACUUGUGCUGCUUCGAAACUGGAGGCUGGCUUUACACACAGAGCAUUGGCAAUGGAAUGUUGAAGCCAACAGUGAUCUGAUUCAACGUGAGGAAAACAUCUCAGGAAAUCCUUCCACUUCUGCACAAAGAAUCUGCCAUUUGCCAUUUUCUUUUGUAAAAAAAAACAAAAAAAAAUCAAACCAUUGUCUGCUUACAGUGUGAGAGUCUUGGAUAGUACGCGUGUGCAAGUUUCUGAAUGGAUUAUGAUGACUUGUGUUUGCUCAACUGCCUUGUUGCAACGUAGAACUAAACAGUACCUCUGUAGGUUUGCCACGAGAAGUUUCAGUUGGAAGAAUAAGGGUUGUGAACUGUUACUCUCCUCUGUCAGUUAGCCAGUGAAGCUGAUGACCCUAGUGGAUACGUACAAAGUUCACAGCUGCGGAAAUAUUCCUACUGGCGCUGAGGGGGAUGAUGCCUAAUGGUCUAUUCCAUCCUCGUGUACCGUACACCGAAAACUUGUGGAUCCAAAGCCUGCCUUCCCCAAACUUGCUGCCAUUGAAGGGUUGUGUACAUUGUUCCAUUCAUCAACGAUCCACUCUUGUCAACUACCAACCCUAUAUCAAACUUUGCAAUUUUGUAACAGUCUUCAUUUACAGUUCACAACCAGCCAGUAGUGGCAUUAUAAUUAUUUUUUUGUCGGAGCCUUUUCCGUGCAACGACUCAUGGAUCAAAACUGGAUGUUGACUCUGUGUAUUCGCUGCUGAUGCUAGCUAUUCAGUUGACGAAACAGUUUGGUGCUUUCAACAUAUAUUCCUGUGCAUCAGUGUGGCACUUUCUUUUGUCCCCUCUGACUGGGGUGCUGAUGAUGUACAGCCCAAAGCCCUUUUUUUUAAUUUUUUUUUUUUUACAAUAUUCAUUUACAUGAUCUCGACCCCAAGGGUAUGAGAUUACUGCUCACAAGGCGUUCUCGGUCAAACCAAAUAUAAGAAGCAGUUGUCCAAAUAUCAUCGAAAUAUUUAUAACGAACCAUCAUUUCAUCUUAGCUAGGGCAGUGUUAACGAUGAGGCCAGUUUAAUUUAUUCCGGAACUGUAUUCCCUGACAUUGUCAUAAUAUUGCAAAGACUACAUAUCAGCUUCAUCUGAGUGCAUUCUUCGUCACCCAUGGACAACGUGCUGUUGAAGCAAUGGUGGUGUCUGUACAGACUUCCAUGAAGGAUUUCCCUUCACUCCCAACAAACUCUCUCUCUUGAAGGACCAAUAUUCACCACGACAUAACUUAAAGCUAUCUCCAUGAUAAGCACAAGCAAGAUUUAAAUGCCCUAUUCCUAAUUGUAAAAUAGUAUACAUAUUGUUAUGUUACAAAUGUGUGUUCUGAGUUUGUUAUACUUUCAUUUGGUGGUUCGGUGACAGUGUGGACCAUCAGGAUUUCUUAGGCCUAAAAAGAAAACUGUUGAAAUGGUUUUCAGGAAAAUGAAAUGUUUCUUCAGGAAAGUGCAAAUUAAACCAGCAUGUCAUGUGACAUUUCAUCUGAAAAUGCAUGUAAAAUUAUCUCUAAAUGUUUUAGUUAAUUGCCUUUUAUUUGAAAAUAUAAAUAAUAUCUUUAUGAUUGACCCCAAAAUUAGGUCAAUCUGGUGAUUGGAACUAUUUGUUAUUCUUUACAUCUUUCCGAAAGAAGUACUAAUUAUCUGAAGAGCAUUCAAUUUCUUUCUUCAGCACACUACCACACACGAGUAGUCUGUCUAUUGUUUACAUGUUUGUAUGUAUAUAGUUAUUUGGUUCUCUGCCAACCCAAGGAAGAUCCCAUUCUUAGAUUUAUCAACAAUAUUUGCUUAAAUUGCUGUAUUACUGAAAAUAUUUUGAUGCAGCACAAAACAUUUGAUCUUAAAUAAAUAUUAUAUUAUCAUAAUAAUUUUAAUUAUUUGUGACAACAGUAACCAUGACAACAGAAGUAUUUUAACACAUUUUAAUAAAUUGUCAAUGUUCUAGAGGAUUAUUUUCUGUGCAUGAUUAGGAUGGGAUUUUUCUUGAUGCUGUUUUGACAGAGGAGGUCAUCUAUUACGUUUGUCUAUUUCAGUUGAUCAAGAGUCAAGGUUUGUUUAUAUGACAUUCAGCCUAAACAAACAACCUUUAUUUAAAAUUUCUAAAUUAUCCAUCACGUAUAUGUUGAUUCUAUUUGUUGAUAUGUCUUUUUUUUUAAAAAGAAAAUGCACCAAAUCUGUCUUCUUUCGAGAGGAUUGUUUGAAAUUGGACUAAAUUGUACAAAGUUUAGCUUUUUCUCCAGGUUUGAUUUAACCAGGGGCUGUGUGUCCUAUGUGGUUGGGGGCGGUCGGGUAGCCUAGUGGUUAAGGCGUUCGCUCGUCACGCCGAAGACCCGGGUUCGAAUCCAAACUCACUCACUCACUCACUCCUAUGUGGUUGGUUUACUCUGUAUGUCUGUAUGAUUCCCUUGACUUCCUGGAAAGUUAUUUCCCUGCACAAUGAGUAGUUUUCCCAUAGAUAUCGAAAUGAGUCUGUAUGUCUUGAGAGUAGAAACAUGUACAUCUCGGUGAUUAGGUUGUCAAACUUCGACUUAUAUUUUACACAUACCCUGUGAAAAUUAUUGAGUGGUUCACUUGCCAAAUUGUAUUAAUUGAGCUUCUAUUAUUGUAUUUUAUGGAAAAGUUCCCCUGUACCUUAAGUGCUUAGCUUUCAUACAAUGAUACUCAUCAAAUAUCCAGUUAUACAUAUUUCGUAGAUAUCUAGAAAUUGGCGUAUGGUGCAUACAUAUGAUCUAACUUCUUACGUCUAGAAACGGACUGUAAAUAUACCUCCCAAGUCAAUACUUUGAAUCAAAGAAGACACAAUCACUUUGAAAUGCUUGUUCAUAAAAGUGCUUUGUCCAAAUAAGAUUUUGUAAAAAUUGACGCUGUGACACAGACACUGAGAUCACUUCCUUGUUCAUUGUGAACACACUUUCAACCUCAGAGGAAGAAUUUCAUGCUUUUGAUUCAAAAUAUGUGUUAGAGUAAGUUUCAAUGCAGUAUGCUCUUCCCGGGCUGAUUACUCCAAGGUAAUCUCACAUACAUAGCGGCUGAACCUUUUCGUAUACUGACAACAUAUAUCAAUAUUGGAAUCUCUCAUCAGUCCGUGACUGUUAGAAGUGUAGUCCAAGGCCUGCGUAUUUAUGGGUCUGUGUUGUAAGGCUUCAGGUGUGAAAACUACUCAGUGCGACAGGUGAUCCAAGGUGUAGUCUGAAAUGUGCCCUCUUCCAGAAUGAACAGAAUUAUGAUAUUGUUGACUUAAUAUGCCUUGAAAUUAACUUUCAAGUAAAUCCACCGUUAUUCAAGACGAGGACAAAUCGCUUUUGAGUCCAUUGACCACUUUAAUCAUGUAUCGUCAAGUUCUGGAAACACAGGCAUGGACAGUUUUGUCAUGUAAGUUAUUGUAUUAUAUUUUUAUGAGAUUAUUUUACAGGUUAUCGUUACAAAUGUUAAAAGAAAACGAGUGUCUAAACUUUGAUAGUUUCUAAAUUUUAAGUCUUGAAUCACCCCCAUUUUCAGUUUGGACAUCACUGUACUUGUUUGGAAAGUGUUGAAAAUUCUCCAAUAUUUGCCCAAACCUUAAUGCAAUAAGAGAUUUGUCACAUCAAGUAACUGAUUGUUUCCAGGUUUGUUGAUAUGGGUUUAAUUAAUUUAUUAGUUGUGCAUGUGUCUUUCAAGUAUUUGCUUUAUUUCGACGGGCACAGAGAAUUGUAGAUUUAUUUAAUGAGUACUGUGCCCACGAAAUCAAAACACUAAUCUUGAAUAUACCAGGUAUUUAACUUAUUUCAAGCGUCAGUGGAUUCAUAUUUGGUUUGUCCCUUGGGCAAAGAGACUAAUAUAUACUAUUGAAUUUUGUGCCCAUUAAUUGUAUAUAGAUCUGUGUAAAAUUGCCCCGGAUUCCUAACUUAUUAAGGUGCGAUGCCACCAUGUUGGGUGCGAUGACAUGUCGUGUGUUAUGUGCAUGCUUGAUUGUAUAUAGAUAUCUAGAUAGUCUGUUGUUUCACUUACAAGGCAUCAUCUAGUCAUAAAUAUGAUGCACAAUCAUAAGUUGAUCAAUAUUUGUCGUACUUAGAUAGAAUGAACAGUUCUUGGAGGUUUCAUUCAGUUGGAACACUGGUUCAAAUGUUUCGCUCAGGGUUAUAUUAAAUAGUUAUGAAACAAAGAGUUGAUAUAUUGACUGGCUUGUUUUAACAGUCGUUGCAUGGGAAUGACUGACUUUGAAAAUCUUUAAAAUUGUAUAUAGCAACUUACGGAAGCAUGCUACAUGAAAUGUCAGUCAACAAGAGUAAAUUAUGAAUGCUACGUCUGUUAAAAGAAGCCUGUAAAAAGUCUCUAAUUACUGUUGAAUGCUCUUAGAUGCUCUCUUGCGGUAGAGCCUGACAUGCCUGUUUUAAAACUUCAUUCAAUGUUUGGCCAUCCCAACACUACAGUAUUUACAUGUGGAAACAAGUUGCGAACAAGAUCCCAAAUUGUUAUUGUUUUUAAUGAAAUUUUAAAAUAUGCAUGUUUGAACACAAGAUGACUUCUUUGUGACAUGGUAGAUAUCUUCUUGCUGUGCAAGGCUGAAGAGGUGAAUACACUGUGUACAAGUUCCUGUAUGGGUAGAGGAAUUUAUCAUACCAUUAAGAAAUCUUGUUACUUUUUCUGUCAGAAUCAUUGUUAAGAUAAAGCUCUGUUCUUGCAGAAUAUACACAGGUCUUCUUUUUCAACUCACUUGAUACCUAGCAUAUGUCCAUUAAUAUGAAAAAUUCCCCGUCACUGAGAAGUCGUUGACAGGUGGUCACUUCAUUUCUUACGACUGUUUCUUAUGCAGGAUCAACUCUGUUAAAAAAUGAGACUUCGCUACCAGAAAAUUGUAUAUCUUUAUGAUCUGUUGUCGUGUUUAUCAAAUGAAAUGAAUUCAUGGUGAUUUCUAUGUGUCCGUGUGCAUCAUUCCCUUCCGCUUAAACUCUCACAUGAUCAUUGCAUAAGUCUGUUACUGGCCGUUUCUCUGGAUAUCAAUGAUUCCCUAAUGACCACAGUAUCACUGAUCAAAUCAUUGUCUGAAGACAACUUUCAAAUGCAUAUCACUCAUAAGGUUACAGCGCAUAGCAAGAGUGUUUGUCACAAAACUUGUUAUCAUAACAAGAAAUUCUCAUGAACCUGAGCUGCCAAAUCUGUUUGAAAAGUGUCUGCUCUAUGAGUCAUGUAUUUUGGUUGAUAUUCAUACACUGUUAAUUGAUUCCAAAUGAACCACAAUUGACCUUUGUUUAAAUUCCUAUGAUUUUGAUAAGGGCAUUCCCAGAUUGACAUUAGAAAUAUGAAUGUACUUUUCGAGUUUGUAUUGUUUAUUUUUAACAAAUCAUCAGAACGAGGUGUAUGCUAAGGGCAUAUAUCACCAUAUCUUCAUUUAACAUAGACUGUGCAAUGCCUCAAUUCAUGAAAAAAAAACCUUGCCAGUUAUGUUUUUUUUCAUUAUUUAUUUGCUCCACAUUAGGCAUUUCAUUGUCACGGAGAAAUGUCUGAAUUAUUUUUUGUAUUGAAAAUAUUGAGAGAAAAAAAUAUAAAAAAAUACUCCAGAAUUGUCAUGUUUGACACAUUGUCAGAAGAUGUCAUAAAUUUUAAAGUAUUCCUACAUCACCAUGGUAUUUAUUGACAUUAUUUAUUUAUUUAACUUAAUGCUGUUGUUGUCAUGACUGGACCCAGUUUACCUCACUAGCGAUCUGUUAGAUCUCUUGACGUGGUCCCUAUACUCUGGACACAUGGCAGCCAGCUUCCGCAACAAUACACCAGUACAUGGGCACUCAUUCUUUGGAUGUCAUCAGACAUAUAGAAACCUAUACAGUGCAUGAUGUUCUUGUGUGAUGACACCCUAGAUUUGAGGAAAGUGAUGACGCCCAAGUUUGUGUCCGAAUGAUGUCACUGUUUGAUGAGCUAGGAAGCUAAUGAGGACAUCAGCUGACAAUACGAUGUGAUUAGUUUCAAAGUUUCGUCACCAGAUGAUAGACUUUACUCCAUGUUUGCUACAGUGUCAUAUAUAUAUAUAUAUAGCGCCGUAAACACGUAAAUUCCUUGCUCCCUCUGAGUGAAGUCAGACCAACAUCAAGCUGUAUCCAUGACAACACAAACAAAAAUAGGAAUUCAAUGAGAAGUGUCAUUAUUUUCACUGCCGCCCUUGAAUUAGUGCUACUCCCGAGCUACAAGUUAUGACAGGGAUAGACAAGGCCACUGGUCUGUUAGUCCAAGACUAGUGAAAAUCCAGGGUGACGUUGUUUCUACCAAAACUAAGCUAUUUUACACAAACCACUAGUCUGAAGUGACCUGGGGACUAGUUCGACUUGACCAACCGGAGUACUGGUAUAUUGUUGUAGGGUCAUGGCUGGCCUGUGUUGUGAACCACUUCCGGAGAUCUGAACGUUUUAGUGAUGCAGUCCUAAAACAUGUGUUAUUAGUCGUGUGUUGAUGCAUCCUCCCGUAGUCUCCAUGUUCUGUGUUGCAGGCCUAUCCAAAUGAUAUUUUCCCAUGUUGCAAAUGUUUAUUUCCAUUAUAAACAAGGAGUGAAAUAUGUUCUGUUGCAUGUUAUUAUGUUCUAUUGUACAAAGUGUAAUGGAGAAAAUAUUUGCCACAUGUGUGAUGUUUUAGUCGAGAACCAAGGGACAUUUGUCAGUGUGGAAAGUGAUCCAGUUUCCCUCGGUUCUGUUGAAAUACAUGAAUGAAUGUUCUGUUGUAAGUGUGAUGGUCAGAACAAACGGUUAUUUUAGCACCGUUGGGUCCUGUUCCACAAAGCCAUCUUAAUGCGAAGACCAACUCUAUAGAGCCGAGACUAUCGUAACUCUGUGACUUAGUCGUAGAGCUGAGACUAUCGUAACUCUGUGACUUAGUUGUAGAGCUGAGACUAUCGUAACUCUGUGACUUAGUCGUAGAGCUGAGACUAUCGUAACUCUGUGACUUAGCCGUAGAGCUGAGACUAUCGCAACUAUAUGACUGAGUCGUAGUGCUAAGAUUGCUUUGUGGAACAAGGCCUUGUGUGCCACAUUUUGUGCCUGUUUGUCAGUAAUUUAACUGAAUGUUAAUGAAUGCUAAUCAAUUGAUUUCUAAAUGCUAAUCAAAUAGGUAGUCCCGCCAAGAAGUUCAAAAGGUCAACAAACAUGACAAUAGCUCAAAAACUGUAUACUUGACAUGGCACUGUAAAGGAAAAUUGUUAUUAGUUUGUCCCUUUUUGUAAUGUAUCAUUCAAUAAGCAGCAGAUACUGGCCCAAUUUGUUUUGUCUUUGAGUUACUUGUUCUGAAAAUAAUUGAGUAGUCUUCAAAAUGAGCCCUGGAAGUAAAGUUAUUGUGUUGCGUGGUUCGUGUCCCUGUUUGUCCCAUACAGAUGAGGUCUGUCAAGACGUACCACUAGCUCCAGUCACUAUCCAUUACUGAACUUGGUUGUCAAUGAAAUGCAAUAAUAUCUAUGCACCAAGCAAGAUUUUUAUACUCAAAAUAUAGCUGUGCUUAUUUUUGCAACCAAUUGCAUAUCAGACCAACUUUAUUUAUUGUCUUUCUAUAUCUGUCACAUCCAUCAGCCAUGAAAUGGAGACAAUCAUGACAUUGUUCCAUCAGUCAUCCAUGAGCAAGCGGACAAUUUCAUUGGUGGAAAUUUGAAAUAUACAAAUUCAUUAGUGAACAUGUUUGUGUGUGUGUGACUGUGAUCCUCGAGGCAUUAGCUAACUUACGAUUUCUAGUAUCAUCAUGUGUCAGCGGUGGCUGGAGCUAGUGAAUGAAACUGUCAAGUCGAUGUCCUCAUUCCCACUGCAUCUCCCUGAUGAUCGGUUAGGGCAGUCCAAAUCUUCAAUACUCCCGAUCAGAAUCGAUAAAUCUAAUUCUGCUGAAUUUUUAACUAUUUUCGGGUGCUAAAAAUGAUCAAGUUACCUUAGUGUCAAAAUUGUCCUAAACGUUUCAUUGGUAUGUGCGAGUGAACAAUUCGACUGUUUUACACCAGAUCGGCUUCCAUGUGAAUUCUGCAAUUUGUGCCUACAAUAGAUCUCUUUAAGAUAUUUCGCUUCCAAGUCAUUGUCAUGUUAAUCUGUCUUGCCUUGACCAGGUUAUUCAAUUGUCUUAGAUAUUCUCUUUUGUAAUUUAAUUUCUUUCCCACCCAAAAAGGGUUAUCUCCCCUGAGAUCAUGCUGCCACCUGGUGGUGGCCUCAUGACCUAAGGGGAGACUACUGUCUGUCCCACCAUGGUCUAGGCUGGUCAAUGUUUGUUCCACCUGUCAUUAUAGCAUCAAUAGAACAUUCCUUAGAGGAACAAUACAUUAUUGUAUUCAUUUGUUCAUAAGAAAUUCAUUUGUUCAUUUAUUCAUAAUUCAUUUUUCGCCAUUGUUUUCUACUCCUUGGUCAUUCAGGGUUUUGUAUCAAUAAACGUUUGCAAAACUA